UUCCCACGAUCACCACCUCCUCCUCCACCACCAUCAACACACGGCAUGCGCGUCCACGUGCCUAUGCUGUGCGCGUCGCCGUUCCUGCGGAAUUCAGGAGGCUGUGGUCGGACUCCGAAAGGCUCCCACCUAGAAAAUAAUGAACAACAAAUUUGACGCACUAAAAGAUGACGACAGUGGAGAUCACGACCAGGACCAAGGCUCACCGAAAGACGGUGAGAAGGAAAAGACUGAAGACGAGGACAAAGAACAGAGCACCGCCAAGAAAAAAAUGGUGGUUCCAGGGGCAGGAGAGCACCCGCUUCAGUACAACUACACCUUCUGGUACUCGAGGCGCACCCCGGGGAGGCCGGCCAGCACUCAGAGCUACGAGCAGAACAUCAAACAGAUUGGCAGCUUCGCCUCGGUGGAGCAGUUCUGGCGUUUCUAUAGUCACAUGAUCCGACCUAGCGACUUGACCGGUCACAGUGACUUCCACCUCUUCAAAGAAGGCAUUAAACCCAUGUGGGAGGACGAUGCCAAUAAGAUGGGUGGGAAGUGGAUCAUCCGUCUGAGGAAAGGCCUGGCGUCUCGAUGCUGGGAGAACCUGAUCCUGGCCAUGCUGGGGGAGCAGUUCAUGGUGGGAGAGGAGAUCUGCGGGGCUGUGGUGUCGGUACGCUUCCAGGAGGACAUUAUCUCCAUCUGGAAUAAGACCGCUAGUGACCAGUCAACCACGUCCCGCAUCCGAGACACCCUGCGCAGAGUCCUCAACCUGCCUCCCAACACCAUCAUGGAGUACAAGACACACACAGACAGCAUUAAGUAUAGCAUGGGAAGACUUCCAUGGUCUGGUGAAUGCUAGUGGAGGACGUUAGCCCCUCGCACAGAGAUACUCCGAAAAGAGUGUAGAUGUGACAUGUUGGAGGGGGUGACGAGUCCAGGGAAGGAUACUUCUGCGUGGAUUGCCACUGUGUAUUAUGAAGACAGCCAAAGUCCUGGGACAGAGACCAGAAGACUAUUCCUUCGUUGCUUCAAAUUGGAAAUGAAACAGAAAAGUCUUUCAACCGAACACUGAAAGAAGCUGAAGAAAGAGAUAUUUUUAAUCAACCGGAGAAGAGAAAAGCCUUCACUUUUUUUAAACUUCUUUUUGUUUUUUUUUUCUUUUAUGCAAGUUGUAACAUCUGUUAACUUGCCGCCAAAGGGAGGCUGUGUGACUGGCGUCUGCUGAUCUGGUCAUUAGUUGAUGACAAAGUGUACUUGAUAAAACAACAAAACCAAUAUGUUAUAAAACUAGAUAUGACACUCGCUGUUGACAUUAAGUGUUAAUUUGUUUUAUUGGGACUCAAACAGGGUUGCAGGUAGAUGUUAUUUUAUUACAGUGCUGUAUUUUAACUACAGUUCCUCUGAUCACUUGGAACUAGAAGGGAUUCUAUUAUUGUGUACGAUAUAAUUGUAAAUAAUGUCCACUUCAGAGAUCACUUAAGUGAAUCGGCAACAAUGUUCCAUCUUUUGACAUGGAAGUUGAAUCCCAAAGGACAAGGAGGAUCAUCUUGUGUUGGGCAGAAGGUUGUGUAAUUGGCAUCCUUAGGAUGAACUGCCACGCUGCCUAAAUCACUGUGCCUGGCCUCGAGCCCGACCCGAACCAGGUUUCCCUUUCUGUCCUGAUCCCGCCUUUAACGAAUCCAAGGGAAGGGCUAUGCUUUAUCGUUCUCAUCAGAGGUGUAUAGGAGUCCUGAAAACACUGACCUUCACUCCUUUUCCAUUUUGUAGUAAAAGAAACGAAACUGGGCCGAGGAUCGGGGUGCGUUACAGUUUUUAUCACGAGGAAGGUGUCGGUUUGUUUUUUCCGGAUCUGUGCGAGCAAAGCGCCUGUGGUUUGUUGGAGGACUGUGAUGCUGCCCAUAUUUGGUGGUAUGAUGAUGGGUGCAGGUGUGUGUGUGUGUGUCUGAAGUGAGGAAACACUGUUGGAUGUACACCUGCUGGAUUAUAGCAAUAAAUGUUAAAUAUGCAUCUGCUGCUAAA